AGCAGUCAACUGCUUAAGACAAUGGGCGUUUUGUGUUGGAUAAGUUCUUAAAUAAAUGAUAAAAACGUGACGAAGCUGGCGAUUUCCUUGGCAAUGUUACCACAAUAAUAAUUGUCACCUUAACUUAUAAAUAGUGGCGAACGGUGGUCGGAAGAGGACCAUGGAGCUGUAUUGUUGAGCCAGUUCAGGGACGCGCACACCAAGCUCAUAUUUUUCUAUAACUUGCAUCUUCAUUUCAAAGGGUAUCAUUGAACGUCUGAACUCGGGCGAUGUGGUGAUCGGCGAUGGGGGAUUUGUGAUGGCCUUAGAGAAGCGAGGUUAUGUCAAGGCCGGGCCGUGGACUCCCGAGGCGGCUGUUACCCAUCCGGAGGCCGUCAGGCAACUCCACAGGGAGUUCCUGAGAGCAGGAUCCAAUGUUAUGCAGACCUUCACCUUCUACUCCAGUGACGACAAACUGGAGAACCGGGGUCAGAACCUACAGUUGUCGGGGGCCCAAAUCAACGAGGCCGCGUGCGAUCUGGCUCGUGAGGUGGCCGGCGAAGGUGACGCCUUGGUGGCGGGAGGCGUGUCUCAAACGCCGGCCUACAUGAGCUGUGAGAGUGAGGCCCACGUGAAGACCAUAUUCAAGAAACAACUGGAAGUUUUCACCAAGAAAAACGUGGACUUCUUGAUUGUUGAGUACUUUGAACAUGUCGAAGAGGCCGUGUGGGCGGUGGAGGUGCUGAAAACCAGCGGAAAGCCGGUGGCUGCCACACUGUGCAUGGGACCUGAGGGCGACAUGAACGGAGUCUCACCCGGGGAGUGCGCUGUCAGGCUGGUCAAGGCCGGUGCCCAGAUUGUGGGUGUCAACUGCCACUUUGACCCAAUGACCUGUGUGAAGGCUGUCAAACUGAUGAAGGAGGGCGUAGAGAAGGCUGGACUAAAGGCCCACUACAUGGUGCAGCCACUGGCCUACCACACCCCCGACUGCAACCACAAGGGCUUCAUUGACCUGCCUGAAUUCCCAUUUGCUAUGGAGCCCAGGGCCCUGACCCGCUGGGACGUGCACAGGUAUGCCAGGGAGGCCUACGAUGCCGGGAUCCGCUUUAUCGGUGGCUGCUGCGGAUUUGAGCCAUACCACAUAAGGGCCGUGGCAGAGGAACUGGCACAAGAGAGAGGGAUGUUGCCCCCCGCUUCGGAGAAACACGGCAUGUGGGGCGCCGCUCUAGAGAUGCAUACAAAACCCUGGGUCAGAGCCAGGGCUCACCCUGACUACUGGAAAAAUCUCUUACCUGCAACUGGUCGCCCCAAAUGUCCAUCCAUGUCUACUCCAGACUGCUGGGGGAUGUCGAGAGGUCACGCUGAGCUCAUGCAGCACAAGGAGGCAACCAGCACCCAGGAAAUGAAACGUGUGUUGGAACUGCGAGACCAAGUGGGGAAAACAAAGUGAACAAACUUUGACGGACAUCAAGCAUUUUGGGGGGGAGGGCUUUAAAAACACAGGAAACAUUUUGUAAACCUCCCAACAAUAAACUCUAA